AUGGACAGGCUGCCACUCCCUGGGCCUCCAGAGGCUGGUCUGUUUGCCUCCUGGCACCGUCUGACUCAGGUAAGCAAGAGGAUGCUGUCAGGGGGUGAGAAGAGCAUGCCCAGCCCCCUCCUGGCCUGCUGGCAGCCCAUCCUCCUGCUGGUGCUGGGCUCGGUCCUGUCAGGCUCAGCCACAGGCUGCCCGCCCCGCUGCGAGUGCUCUGCCCAGGAUCGAGCUGUGCUCUGCCACCGCAAGCGCUUUGUGGCCGUGCCCGAGGGCAUCCCCACCGAGACCCGCCUGCUGGACCUGGGCAAGAACCGCAUCAAAACGCUCAACCAGGAUGAGUUUGCCGGCUUCCCACACCUGGAGGCACUGGAGCUCAAUGAGAACAUUGUGAGCACGGUGGAGCCUGGCGCCUUCAACAACCUCUUCAGCCUCCGGACGCUGGGGCUCCGCAGCAACCGUCUGAAGCUCAUCCCCCUGGGAGUCUUCACCGGCCUCAGUAACCUGACCAAGCUGGACAUCAGCGAGAACAAGAUCGUCAUCCUGCUGGACUACAUGUUCCAGGACCUGUACAACCUAAAGUCACUGGAGGUUGGUGACAACGACCUUGUCUACAUAUCCCAUCGAGCCUUUAGUGGCCUCAACAGCCUGGAGCAGCUGACACUGGAGAAAUGCAACCUGACCUCCAUCCCCACUGAGGCACUGUCUCACCUACACGGUCUCAUCGUCCUGAGGCUCCGGCACCUCAACAUCAAUGCCAUCCGGGACUAUUCCUUCAAGAGGUUGUACCGGCUCAAGGUCUUGGAGAUCGCCCACUGGCCAUAUCUGGACACCAUGACACCCAACUGCCUCUAUGGUCUCAAUCUGACAUCCCUAUCCAUCACGCACUGCAACCUGACUGUUGUGCCCUACCUGGCUGUGCGCCACCUGGUCUAUCUCCGCUUCCUCAAUCUCUCCUACAACCCCAUCAGCACCAUUGAGGGCUCCAUGUUACAUGAGCUGCUACGGCUGCAGGAGAUCCAGCUGGUGGGCGGGCAGCUGGCUGUGGUGGAGCCCUAUGCCUUCCGUGGCCUCAACUACCUGCGUGUGCUCAAUGUCUCUGGCAACCAGCUGACCACCCUGGAGGAGUCCGCCUUCCACUCAGUGGGCAACCUAGAGACGCUCAUCCUGGACUCCAACCCGCUGGCCUGCGACUGCCGGCUUCUGUGGGUCUUCCGGCGCCGCUGGCGACUCAACUUCAACCGGCAGCAGCCCACGUGUGCCACGCCCGAGUUUGUCCAGGGCAAGGAGUUCAAGGACUUCCCCGAUGUGCUCCUUCCCAACUACUUCACUUGCCGCCGUGCCCGCAUCCGGGACCGCAAGGCCCAACAGGUGUUUGUGGAUGAGGGCCACACGGUGCAGUUUGUGUGCCGGGCCGAUGGUGACCCGCCUCCCGCCAUCCUCUGGCUAUCGCCCCGCAAGCACCUGGUCUCUGCCAAGAGCAACGGGCGGCUCACAGUCUUCCCCGACGGCACCCUGGAGGUGCGCUAUGCCCAGGUACAGGACAACGGCACGUACCUGUGCAUUGCAGCCAACGCGGGCGGCAACGACUCCAUGCCCGCCCACCUGCAUGUGCGCAGCUACUCCCCUGAUUGGCCCCAUCAGCCCAACAAGACCUUCGCCUUCAUCUCCAACCAGCCGGGCGAGGGAGAGGCCAACAGCACCCGAGCCACUGUGCCUUUCCCCUUUGACAUCAAGACCCUCAUUAUCGCCACCACCAUGGGCUUCAUCUCCUUCCUGGGCGUUGUACUUUUCUGCCUGGUGCUUCUGUUCCUCUGGAGCCGGGGCAAGGGCAACACGAAACACAACAUCGAGAUUGAGUAUGUGCCACGCAAGUCGGACGCAGGCAUCAGCUCCACCGAUGCACCUCGCAAGUUUAACAUGAAGAUGAUAUGA